AUGGAGUGGAUCAGAUUCGGUCCAAUAAUUUCCCAGAUUCCUAUCUCAUGUCUGGAUACUUCCGAUAGAAAGUAUCUAGGUAAAUUAGAAGCAGGCGGCAUUAGGUAAUCGUGGCGAAUGUUACGAAAGGUUUCCUUGCGACCUGGUAAUGCAACUCGUUGAUGGAACUGGACUGACUUCAGUUGGGUGAAAGUGAUGGUCAGUCUGGAACGUCGUAAAGAUCUCAUUUGGACGCUUUAAUCGGGUCACGGAGGUUAAAGUCUUAAGUUCCUUAACGACUUGUCCCAUAAAAGUCGGAGCAUUGUUUCUGGAAUUUUCCUUCCUUCACUCUAGAGGACAUUCACAUAAAUUGCCCCUUUCAUUAAUUUCCGUAAUAGAGUUUAAUAAAGGAAGAUUUUAUUAUCGAUGUUGCAAACGAAUAAUCUGAAAGAGUAAUUCAAUGAAUUAGUAAGAUCAGAAGUGCCAUUUGAACAUAAACCUUGACCGUCCAGCUGCUAGAAUUUCCUACGUCAUGGUACACGUACGUUGAAAAUUUACAAUGAUCAUUCUGUUUACCAUCGUAUUUUGACGUUGAUAAUUUCCUGUUCUUCUAUCGAAGCGUCAUGAGCUAUUGAGUUCCACGUCGUCCGACCAGCCAUCGAAUUAUCUGCGCAAGAUUUAUCGUUUUAUUUCAGUGCGCAGAGCCGCCAGAUCCGCCUACAAGAAAUCUCCUUAUCGGUCGGUACCACCCACGGCUCAGCUUCUCUUCGUUCGUGUCGUCUUACGCCUCGUCAGAAACAUUGAAAGUAUUCUUUCCGAAUGCAAAAAUGGAAGAAGAAAGGAAAAAAUAG